GCCAUCGAUGCGCUCGGCGCUCGCUCGCCGCUGCCUGCCCGCCUCCCUCAGGGAAGCCGCCGCUCUCAAAGCCGCGGCCCUGAGGCCUCAGCUCGGCUGUUGGAGGCUGAGUUUAAAAAUGGGCCGUCGCUCCUCGGACACAGAAGAAGAGAACAGAAGCAGAAGGAAAAAGAAACACCGCAGGCGUUCGUCUUCAAGCAGCUCCUCAGACAGCAGGACGUACAGCCGUAAAAAGUCUGGGAGGAAAUCGAGGUCAAGGUCACGCUCUCGAGAUGUCCAAUCACGUUCCCAUUCAUAUGAGAAAAGGCGCAGGCACAGAUCGAGCAGUAGUUCUUCAUAUGGCUCUAGAAGAAAACGCAGUCGCAGCCGAUCAAGGGGCAGAGGAAAAUCCUACAGGUCUCAAAGAUCGAGGUCAAAAAGUAGAACAAGAAGAUCGCGCUCGAGACCUCGACAACGCUCCUAUAGUCGGAGCAGUGAAAGAUCCAGUCAUAGGAGGACUCACAGUGGGUCUCGUGAAAGAGAGCGGCGGAAAGGCAGAGAGAAGGACAAAGUAAAAGAGAAAGGCAAAGGCAAAGAGAAGGAGACAUGUAGCACGAAGCUGGGGGAUGCUGGAAACAUCAAAGCUGGAUUAGAACAUCUGACUCCUGCGGAGCAGGCCAAGGCUCGACUGCAGCUGGUGCUGGAGGCCGCGGGAGCGCAACAUUUGAAGACGCCGAAGCACUCCCCUCAAUUUUUAGGUGUGGGAAGCCCAGGAACGGCUGCUAAACUGUACCCUAAAAAAAAGACCAGUGGAGUAUCGCUGCCUUUUGCUAAAGCAGAUGAAGCCUUGAAGGCUAAAGAGAGAAGUGAAGAAGAAGCAAAGAAAAGAAAGGAAGAAGACCAAGCCACCCUGGUGGAGCAAGUGAAACGAGUGAAAGAAAUUGAAGCUAUUGAAAGUGACUCCUUUGUUCCACAGACAUUCAGAUCAAGUAAAGAAGUCAAAAAGUCAGUAGAGCCUCCCGAACUAAAAUACGAACCUGUAACUGUAGGAGCAGGAUCUGUCGAAGCAUCUGCCCCUGAAAAAGAAACAGUACCUGCCAAUAUUCCUACUGCCAUCAAAUACCAGGAUGAUAAUUCCUUAGCACAUCCAAAUCUGUUUAUUGAGAAGGCAGAAGCAGAAGAGAAGUGGUUCCAGAGGCUGAUUGCUAUGCGGCAGGAAAGGCUGAUGGGCAGUCCAGUGGCCUGAGCAAACUGCUGCAACCACUGUCAGGUCCAUACUGAAGGAGAAUUGUGACUAGAUCUGGAAGGAAAAAGCAUUCAGAUCCUCUGAGAUAAGAAGAAAGGUUGAAGAUUAAGUCCUGUACUGAGGUAUGCCAAAUGUAAUUUGGACGCUGAGCAAGUCACUGUCAAGUUGAUUUCUAUCACCUUCUGCCCCCAUCCCAACUCCUAUCUUGAACAUUCGUUAUGCAUACUUGACGUUUAUGAAGUUGUUGGUGCUGGGAGAAGGGCUUGGCAGGACUGGGUUUUUAACUAGAAGUCGUCUGUUACAAAUUAGCAAGCGUCCUAUUCUUGUUAGGAACCUGCACAUUCACACAGCACAGAUGUUUAAAGCUGUCUAAACCAAGUCUGUGACGCUCAAGUGUGUCAUUAACAAAGGUAAGAUUUCACUUGGAGUUUAUUAUCAAUCUUAGCAAUGCCAGGUGUUGUAUCUUGCAAGUGAGUUUGAAUCACACCAUGGAUCCCUUGUUGCAUACAGUGAAGCUGGAUGUUCCAACGCUGACCCCUGUGAUGUCGGUGCCCUGCUGCAGGAUUUGUUUGCAGUCAGUGUCGGUGCUUUCCAAAGCUGAGUCCUACCAAAGAGGUGCUGGAUCAGUGCUCUGCCCUCAGAACCCGCUGUUGCUGAUUUUACAGCUUAAACUUUCAGCAAAAAUAGGAGCUGUUCCACCGAGUUUGCUCCUGUAAAGUAAAGGUUGCAUAAGGCCAGUCUGUAGGGGUAUAAGUGUAACUGUUUACUACAGCACUCUUGAUUCCAGUUGUGUAAACUCUCUAUUUCCUUAUUUUGCUUUUACUUGAAUAGCAUCCUGUGAUAAAUUAUUCAUUUUCCUGUCAAAGGUAGACAGAUAUUUGAGCAUCAGAAAUGAAGUAUGGAAGAGGGCAGCAACAUUACAAAUCAACUCGAUUCUAUACCCAGUGUUGCAGGACUAAACAUAAUUUUGAAAAACCUACUGCUUAAAAUUACUUUACAAGCUUUAGACGUAUUUUCAAAGGGUUGUACCCAAAUACAUGUGCACUCCAUAAGCUCCACAUGUGGGGCAUUUUUGCUUGAGGAAAACAUAAAUGUAUUACCUAAUGGGAUAGCCAGAUACAAUUUUUAUUAAGUGCGUCAUAACACAGACAUGCAACUCAUCUUAAUGUGCACAGAUUAAUCACCGUGGUCCUGGAAAAAUGCACUGCUGUCUUUCAACCCACGUGUUUCCUGAGCCAGAGAAAAAAAUCAUACCUUCCUACAGUAAUCCUGCUUUCUUAGCGUCUUUGCUUCUGAGGUUUUCCAAUGUAAACCAUUGCAAUUUAUGACUCUUGUCUAUUAAGACUGUAUUUCUUCUCGCCAUAUUUUCCACUUUAUUCCAUCCUCCUGGUGAACGUGAAUGGAUUCCCAAUUAGAAAGGGAAAGAAGCGGUUGUUUGUUAGUUACCCAACUAAACCUGGGACUGUUGGGUGCACUGUGUAGUCCUUAGAGACAUCUGUGCUAAGGUUUUGUCAUUCAGGACUUGUGGCAGUGUGUCUCAGACACAACUGGUUGCAACACAAAGUUCUUCGUAGUACCAAACUACCUUAAAUCUGACUUAGACAAACCAUGUGUAGGAGUGAAAAGAUAAUGCUGUAACUUGAUCUAUUCCGACUUCUGGUAGUCAGCAAAGACCUCUACCCCUAGAAAUUACAUUAGCAAACUCAUUUCACUUAGCCUGCCGAACAGCCACUAUCAAUUAAAAUCAAGCCAGGCUGAUUUUGAUUUGAUAACUUUCAGGUAAAAUGUUCACUAGCCCUUGAGUCAUCCAGCAUGUCCACAACUAUUUUUUUUAAAUUAUGAUAAUUCCUUGAAAAUCAGCUGUGUUUACUUUUAAAUUGUGGUUACAGUAUUUUAGAAAGAUUUCUGUAGCUCUGACAACACUGCUGGCCAGAUCAAAUUUUGCUACUUCUGCUACCUCUCAGGUAUGAACAGGACUGAGUGAUCCUGAAGGCUGUUCUUCCAUCAGUAACCCAAAACCAACCUUCCCGAUGAUCACAGUUUUCCAUUUGUCAUGUUACCAGAAGGAAGUUAUUUUUAGCAGAGAUCCUUGAACUCUAGAAACCUGUUUUAGAAGAGAUCAGCUCGAACCCAUGACUUAAUCCACCUAUGCCACAAGGCUGCAGUGACUUCAAAUUGUAGCAGUAAUAAUAAGCAAUGCUACAAGUAACAGUACUCCAAAAUUUAAGCUAUUCACCAUUUGUAAUUUUGACUGAGUGCUUCAUUUGCUAUUUUUUUUUUCCUGAUUGUUCCCUGCCCUCUUUGUCUUACUGCUUUGCUGAGACCUAGGGAAAAAAUAGAGGUGGCUGGGCCAGAUUGUAUGAUGCUGGGGAGCAAGACUUAGGCUCUGAGUCACUCUGGAAUUGCCACUCCAGGACAAGAUGUACUAUGAUGACUCCUUCUGGAAGGAAACAGGAGUUGAAGCUUAGCCCAGAGAGGGGCAGAGGGAGUUCAGCUCCCCACAACAGGGCAGAACUGCAUUUCACUGCUAGCUGGGCUCCCACUCAGCAAGGUUUGUGUGCUUUGCAAGCUGAAAAUUAUUUUUCUAGUGUGAUUUAAAUCCAGGUAAAAAUGAAAAUCACUACUUGGCUAUUGGUUUUGCUUCUUUAGAAAUGCAUUAUGUAUUAGGACUGCACGGCAUAGUCUUACAGUGGUGACAUGAGGAGCAUCUCAGCCCUUGGGCACAUUUUGGAGUGCAGUAUUCUGAAAAUGCUGCAGCUUGAAGGUGCUUUCUCAUGCUUCUGAGCUGCUGCUGUGAGAGCCUCAUUCCCACUAGAUGUCUCUGCAGCCCCAGAGCAGCUGUCGCACGACCCACGGUGGCCAUAUAAAUAAGAUGCAUAUGGCCAUAUAAAGAAGAGCACACAAACUGUGUUUGCCUGUUUGUUUCCUACCUGCAGCUGCAGUUAGGGUAAGCAGACAGCAGUUUACCUCAUCACUUGCUGGUGCCUUAGAACGUAAAUCUUGUCAAACAAAAAAUACCCAUCAAACAGGUAAAAUCCUCUGUAUUUUGUGAAUUCCCUGGGUGACCGUGCAGGAAGAAGCAGUGUGUUCACCCCGUCCCUUGCCAGCACAAAGCACUGACCUGGGCCGGGCAGUGAGCGCUGCCGGGGGCACAGCACGGCUGUCCCCAUCCUCUGGGCUGCCACUGCUCACAUCUGCUGCCUGCAGCGGCUGCGUCCCCGUUACAGACCUGAAAGGAAGACAUAAACAAGUCUCAUUAAUUAUUAUUAGUGGAAGCUGAACACAGCUAACAUUUGUUAAAAUGUCGAAUGUGGUUUUGGAUACCUUUUUGGUGAAUUUCAGAGUGUUUUUCUGUAGGCUAUGGGCGUAUUAUUUCAGUAUUCAUACCAGUUACAGAGCUGGGUGACUAUGUGAAUUGAUGAUACAUUUAAAUAAAAUAUUAAUGUAAAUGUUA